AUGGCGAGUCUCAGCGCGGGAGCAGAGCGGCGCUCUGUCUUGCCUCCCAUCGUUCUUGAGAAAGACAGGAGAUUUCUGGAGAGUGUAGAAAGAUACAUAUUGACUGAAACGGAGAAAGUGCGUGGUUCGGAGCGAGGGCCCCCCGAGGAGCACUACAUUAUAUACAGAAAUGCAUUUGACAAGGUAAUAGAGUACGUUACUGCCUACAAGAACGUGCUGAUUUCAAUCAAGCAGGGAUAUGAGGGUUUUAUUGCCGCCGUCAAGAACGGCCAAAAGAGCGCGUUUUUCCUUCAUGGGAGAUUAAAAGUUCUGGCCUCGGAGCCUACAACUCUGCUGUACUACAGGAAGAGAGCAAUGGAGCUGGAAGAAAAGAUACAUGCUAUAGAGAAGAGUUCUGCAAAAAUUCAAAAUUUGAUACUGAGAAUAAAAAGCGUGAAAAAGCCACCACCUAAAGAUACACAAGGGAAAACAGUGGAUUCCUCCAAGCCCAUCCCAGGUCUCAGUUUAGAAGAAUCGCUCAACUUGGAUUCUCUUUCUAAAUACCUUGCUCAGCUAGACAGAAAGGUGCUAGAAUUGAAAAAAGAAAGAGAAAUAAAAUAUGUCCCUUGGAAGAACAAGAUUGAAUUAGAACAAGAACUCCUGCACCUAAUGACCUUACGAGAUACAGCUGAAGCAAAGAGAGAAAAGCUGAAGCUCAGAUAUACCAGAAUAUUGUUAGUUUCAAAUGUUAUUUCUGCUUGUGAAAAAUCAGCCAAGACUGUCACCCUGCAACAUCUGCUCUCUCAGAUCAUGGAAAAUAAAAAAGAUGAAAGAGCUAUUGGUGUCCUUAGUAAAGUGGCUGAAGAUUUGCUUGAAUACUUUGACAGGUUCAGUGAAUUACUCCCAAGUGCUGAGUAUGAUCCUAAAGUAGUUUCUGCAGCAAAGUCAUCUAGAGGAAUUCUCCUUAAUGAAGAAACUCUGAAGAAACUCGAAUCUGUUGGUUGUCUUCAAGAAAGAAAUAACCUUUUAAUUAAGUAUUUUGAGGCUCUCAUAAAUUCAACAACUGCCGCUGGAUUGCCUCAGAUUUCAGCCAUGACUCUGGAUGCAGUCAAAUAUGCAUUGGCUGAAAAACAAUUAAAUAUAGUUAUGCACUGGGUGACCCAGGAAAGGUUGAUGUUUUCUGAGGCGUUAGGAGAUGUGCUCUAUGACCAUGGGAAAGUGGACCCAAGCAACCUGUCAAAAUGCCUGGCUUUGGCUCAGAUCGUAUAUGAUCAGUCUGGUGUACACAGGAAAGUCGCUCUGUGCCUGUAUAAGCAGGGCCAAAUUUAUACAGCAGUGGAUUAUAUUCGGCAACUCGAGUAUUUUUCUUUAGAUGAUUACUUAUUUCUACUGGAAAACUGUACUGCCACUGAAUUAGCUUAUCAUCUGGGUGAAGAGUGGUUUAGAAACCCACCGCUUUCAUCCUUGGGGUCUACAGUGCUAGCUCUUCUUUCAACUGAUCACAGAAAGCAUGGCUUCCAGCUGCUGGAGGAAAUGAGCAAGAAAAAUACGUUGGAGCAGAUGAUUCUAAAUGAUACAGUCUGUACAGUAGAAGGUUGGAAGAAGAUAGCAGAUUCAUGUGCAGAAGAUAAACACGAAGAGUUAUCUCAGCAAAUCAUCUCAAUUAUCACUUCACAGGAUGGAGUUUUUGAAAGUACAGCCCUUGAAGAUGAGAAAGAUGCUGUGCUAAUGGAGCAUGUUUUCUGGUAG